AUGCAGGAAGCCAGAGCGCGCGGAGAAGGAAAGUCCAGUUCGGCCUGGGAGAGAACAAGGGCAACCCGCCCUGCACCUCUCACAGGCCAGCCAGCGACCAUCCCCACCAUUCGGAGGACGAAAGAGAGGAUAGGGCAGCAAAAAGAAAGCAACGAAGUGGAAAGAGGCCGCGGAGGCCCUGGUUGA